UUCCGGUCCCGUGAGGCCCCAGCCCCACCGGUGGUUUGGGAAUCCCAGCUCUCGCGUUCCGAUUGGCAGCGUAAACGCUAGGAGGUGGGCUUGCGUCGCCGUCACGCUCUACCAUUGGCUGCUGUCGCGGCGGCGGUUUGGAGGAUAGCACGUUGAGCUGAAGGUGUGCGGAGCGCCGCGGCAGUGGGCCUGGCGUCGAGCCCAGUGUCUGUGUGGGAGUCUGGGGCCAGGUCAGUUCUGGGGAUCCCAGGGGGAUGGACCGUGUGUGGAGUGCGUGGUGCGGCAAAUGCGCCAAAGGGAAAGGGUCGUCGCCCCUUUGGGCUCAGCGCAUCGUGGUGGCCUGGCUCAACAGAGCCGAGUGGGACCAGGUGAUGGUGUAUCUGUUCUGUGAGGACCAUACGUUGCAGCGGUACGCGCUGAACCGUAUCACCGUGUGGAGGAGCAGGUUAGGCAACGACCUUCCCCUGGCAGUGGCUUCUACCGCUGACCUGGUACGCUGUAAGCUCAUGGAUGUGACUGGUGGCUUGGGCACUGAUGAACUUAGUCUGCUCUAUGGCAUGGCAUUGGUCAGGUUUGUGAAUCUUAUCUCGGAGAGGAAGACAAAGUUUGUCAAGCUCCCCCUGAAGUUCCUGGCUCAGGAGGUGAACAUUCCAGAUUGGAUUGUUGAACUUCGUCAUGAGUUGACCCACAAGAAAAUGCCCCAUAUAAAUGACUGCCGCAGAGGCUGCUACUUUGUCCUGGAUUGGCUUCAGAAGACCUAUUGGUGCCGCCAGUUGGAAAACAGCCUGAGAGAGUCCUGGGAGUUGGAGGAGGACAGGGAAGAAACAGAUGAAGAAGACCAGGAGGAAGAUAAAAACAUUGUUGUUGAUGACAUCACAGAACAGAGACCGGAGCCUAAGGAAGAUGUGAAAGGUGCAGAGCUGGAUGUCCAGGCUGAUGGAGACAGCAAAGAGGUGGAUUCACAUUCGGAAAAGGCUCUGAGGCGCAAAGAGCUGUAUGAAAGAGUCCGAGAACUGUUGGUGUCUUACGAAGAGGAGCAGUUUAAGGUGCUGGAGGAAUUUAGGCAUUUACCUCAGGCUGUAAAGGUGUGGAAUAACUUGUCCCCACGUGUAGAAUGCAUCCUGGCAGAGCUCAAGAGCAUUACACGGGAGAACAGUGAUGCUGUGCUGGAUGCUUUUCUGGAUGACGGCUUCCUCAUCCCCACAUUUGAGCAGUUGGCAGCCUUGCAGAUAGACUAUGAAGAUGGGCAGACUGAGGUCCAGAGAGGGGAAGGUACUGAUCCAAAGUCACACAAAAACGUGGACUUGAAUGACAUCCUGGUGCCAAAGCCAUUUUCUCAAUUCUGGCAGCCCCUGCUUAGGGGCCUGCACUCCCAGACCUUCACGCAGGCCUUACUGGAAAGGAUGCUCUCUGAGUUGCCAGCCUUGGGGAACAGCGGGAUCCGACCCACCUACAUCCUCAACUGGAUCAUUGAACUGAUUGUGGCCAACACCAAGACUGGACGAAAUGCCCGCCGCUUUUCUGCAAGCCAUUGGGAAGCAAGAAAGAGCUGGAGACUGUUCAGCUGCGCUGCCUCCCUUGACUGGCCCCGGGUGGUUGAGUCCUGCUUGGGCUCACCUUGCUGGGCCAGCUUCCAACUCCUUCAGCUCAUCUUCAAAGCCAUGGGAUCAAUCCUGCCAGACGAGGAUCAGGAGAAGCUGCUGCGCAUCUGCUCCAUUUAUACCCAGAGUGGAGAAAAUAGCCUGGUGCAGGAAGGUUUAGAGGUCUCCACCAUCGGGAAGUCUCCAUAUACACUGGACAGCCUGUGUUGGAGCCUAAAACCAGCUGGCUCCAGCUUUGCGUCCGAAGGAAAGGCCCAGGAGCAGGGUAGCCUUAAUGAUGACAAGGAAGAUGAGAAAAAUGAGAAAAAGGUCUUGGAAGACCAGAUGGAGGAAGAAGAAGAAGAUGACCAGGAGGAUGAUGAAGAAGAUGAAGAUGAUGAGGAGGAGGACAGAAUGGAAGUGGGGCCUUUCUCUCCAGGGGAGGAGUCCCCCACUGUUGAGAAUGCCAGGCUCCUAGCCCAGAAAAGAGGAGCUUUGCAGGGCUCUGUGUGGCAAGUUAGCUCGGAUGUGCGAUGGGGCACAUUCCCCUUAGGCCGGAUGCCAAGUCAGACUGAGGACCCAGCAGAGCUUAUGCUGGAGAAUUAUGACAUCAUGUAUCUUUUGGAUCAGCCUGUGCUAGAGCAGCGGCUGGAACCUCCAAUGUGUAAGACUGGCAUCCUGGGCCUAAGCUGUGGUGUCAACAGUGCCAACUGCAGCAACAGCGGCAGCAACUUCGAGGGCUUUCUCUGGAGCCAAGGGCAGCUGCACGGGCUCAAAACUGGCCUGCAGCUCUUCUGAUGUGAGCCCUGGUGCAAGUGUGCAUCCAACCCUGCCAGGGCAACAGCCCAUCCCCCAGUGUGCCUGAUGCUUCUUGAAACAACCUGGAAGACAACCUGAAUCAGCUCAUCUUUCCACUACAGUGGAAUUUUUUAAAUGUGUUUUGGGGGUUUUGUUUUGCUUUGAAAAACAAUAAACAGGCAAAUAUAGUUUUGAUGUUUAGGUGUUUGUGAGGUGAGGUGGUGUGUGCUGGGUCAGAUGAAUGUCAGUUUCCCUUCUUUAUUCUGGGGGCUGCAGAGAAGGUGGAAUCAUAACAGGGCUUUGACUGGGAGGUGGAUCCUGAGGUCCUUUGGUCCUACUGCCCGACUACUCCCACCACCAGGUUCCACCCAUACAUUCUGCUUGAUUCCUCAGACCAUCUCGCUCUCCUCAGCUCUAGCAUGGAGCCAGCUCACUUGGAAGCAUCAAACCCCACAGGAGAGAAAUUGCUGUCCACAGUGCCUAGCCAACAGCUGGGCAUCUGCUUAAAGCCUCACAGUGGGAAGACCCAGGCCUUCCUGCUGCUGCCUAGCAAGCUUCUGGCUCAUCCUAAGGGCUUAUCCUCUGGUUGAACAGCAACGAGACAUAACUGACAUUUGUAAAGACUCCACCCAGGUUAUACAUUUUUUUCAAGUGUAUAUAAAACAUAUACCAAUAUAGAUCAUAUUCUGAACCCAUUAAAAAAAAACAGAAGUUGAAAGCCAAAGAGAAGCUUUC